AAGAUGCUCAGCGUGCGCUGCAUCUCGAGCUGUACAAAUUCUUAUUCCUAAACAGGAAAACUUUGAGGGCCUUUGUACGCAUUUGCAAGCUGGAGACACUAUUUUGUGCACCUUGCGCACAGUGCAACCGCACCCCCAGAAUAAAGGAGCUUUCAAAAAGCCUUGUUCUUUCUACCAUAAUGGUCAUUUGUUUGACAGUUGAGGUGUCAGGACACCUAGUGGCAAAGACACAAGUAACAGCAAAUGCUUUAAAGAUUCAUUUGGCUCACUGCAAGAAUGACAUGACAAAGUCCGUUUGACUUGAGCUGUUCACAGAAGGGUAUUUCCUUAUCUUGAAAUAGCACGAGCUCUCCAAAGCAGAGUGUGUCACCGGCCCUUCAAGCCAUGUUUACAUUGCUGACGAUAAGGGGAAGGGAGUUUCUCAGAAGUGCUCUCCUUUCAUUUUCUUUUUACAUGCGCCGGCAAAACAACAUGGCCAAGAAACUUGUUCUCUGCCUCUUAACCCUGUGUCUGGUAAGUAUUAUUUUUUCCCCACAUAUCACCUCCCUGUAAUCAUUGAAAUACCUGUUACUAGCCACAACAUUCUUAUUCAGAAGCAUUCUGUCAGUCUGUUGUUUUGAGAGUUUUUGCCAACAGUUCUGAAGGAAGGCUGCAUGAGAAAUGGUAGUCAGAGAGUUUGAAACGGUAUCCCAAAUGAUUGGUUUGGUUUAGUGUUUUGAACAGUGUGACCCAGAAACAGUUUGUUUUUCUCUUGUGUAGCUGAAAAGAAGGUACGUUGAGAAGCUUGCACCUCAAUAAAGAUUAUUAAAGCCUUUUUUAAAAAACCACAAAUUAAAAGUAUUAAUUCAUAAACUAUUGGAUGCAGCCUGUACAGUAAAUUCCUUUUCUUAUCUGGCUAUGCAACUAUCACCAGCACAUGAUGGUGGUUUUUUCCUUCCCUCAAACGACUAGGUUAGGUAAGUUAAAAUCUUUGGAUACUUAGUUUAUUAUAAUGCAAUGCUGAGUUGUGUCAAUAGGAAGUUGGUCGUUGUUGUCAACUGGUCGGGACUUCAGCUUUCUUCCUGAAUGUAUUAUUCACAAAUAUAUUUCAGAGAAGCAACAAAUCUCUCGCUCUUAUCACGAUGCACUUUAAUAGCUAUAGUUGACUGAGUUAUUUUACUUUACAAAUUAAUCAAAGGGAAGUCCCAAGAAAAACUUGAAGCAAAGAGGGAGAUGAUACGUGGUAACUGUCAAGUCUGGGCAUAUGCCGUUGAGCUCAAGUCAGUAAGAAAGUACCUAUGAGUCAUUAAGUGUUAUUGUAUUCAUGUAAUAGAAUAAUAUAACAGAAUUUUCCAUCCUGUGGACCACCACCUCAUGCUAGAUAUGGUAUUUUUAUGUGCUCUGUUCUGUAGAAAAAGUCCCUGUCUUUUCCCCCCUUUUUCUUUUAAACUAGCGCAUUAGGGACAAGAUUCUAGAUCUUCCUGUCAUGCUAACUUUCUAGACACAUGGACACAUUUCACUUGAGGAACCGUUUAAAGAUGCAAAUUUCUCAUCUUUAGCAAUUUGAAGGAGGGUAGUCUCAGCUGGACUCUAUCGUGUGAAUUUGCCCUGAACAUGAUGAAGAUUAGAAAUUCUGUUGUUUCACUCACCUUAGUACAAUGCAGCAUAUUAUUAUCAGUUUCUUAUUAUUGUACUAAGCAUUAUGUAGUAGUUUUGCUACAGAUAAGCUCAAGAGAUAACAGAAACAGGAAAUCUUGUUUUGGGGGAGGUAUGGAAGCAUGCCAGGUGCACUAGAUUUCUAACACUGUAUCUGGCAGAAUUUAAACUGCAGUGGCACAGAAGCUGCACUGAUUGUGACAAGGACAGGCCGGAACGGAAAUUCCUGCCUUCUUAACUGCGUAAUCAGGGAUGAUUGUAAAAGGUCCAGGAUUCCUUUGCUUCCUUCACUACUCUGCUCAGGAGGGGAGAACUCCCUUGGUCACUGGUCAUGUUGCCUGGGGCUGAUGGGAGAUAGAUUUUUAAUGAAAUGGCAACAUUAACUUGCAAAGCAAGGACACUCAAUAUGAUACCAGACAGGUUACUAUGCUAUAAAAUAACAUUUAAGACACAGCAUGCCCUUAAAAACACCAAAGGAGCCACAGCUGAGAGUACUCUGGUUUCCAGACGGGGAAGGGCCUACAGCAUCCCAACAGCUGCUUCUUCUAUUUUUCCUCACAGAAAGGAAAAUUUAAGCUAUGUCCUUGGGGUGCUUACAUCUUCCUUGGGGUCACACCAGUAGCCAAGAGUGAUUCUCAAAAUUACCCACAAGGAAGCCUCCCCCCACAAACUCAGAACUUCCAGUCCCUUCUGUGCACCCUUCUGUCAUCAGAGUAUAUCUGCUUUGUUCUUUAUUUUCAUAUGAAUAAAACUUGACAAGGAGCAAUUUGGUUGUCUUUAUUGCCUAUCAGAAUCCAAAGAGAACUAUUGUCUUUUCGGAAAAUGCCAUAAUGCAUUGAAAUGCAAUAUUUAUAUAGUCUCUCUCUCUCUCUCUCUCAUAUAGGCAUUUGAUUUUAUUACUCCUGGACCAUUGCAUGAGAAUGUGUCUAUGUCUAUGACGCCCAGAGCACAUAAGAAACCUGGGCCAGUGAAAAGUAUUUUUAAGCGGAAUGUUAUCGGGUGUCAGAAUGAUACACAAUAUCUGUUUGAAGAUCUUUGCUGUGAUAGUUGUAAGCCCGGUAGGUAUGAUUGUAAGAUAACUGAGAAGCAUUUCCAUUUUCAAUAGUGGAGAGCUGAAACACGGGCGCAUUUUAGGAACAUGCUCACCCCUAUGGAACACUCAGCCUCUCCAGGCAGCUUUAUACUUUGUUUUUGCAUGAACCUGAUUGCAAGGCAGUAAAUGUUAGAGGGAAAUGAAUUAGGUUCUCAUUGCCAAGGCAACCAGACUGAUGCUCCCUCUCUCUCUCAUCCAGUUAGAGCAGAAUACAGAUGGGGAAACACAUUGAAGCCCUGUGCAGGCAUUCUAGUCCCCAUGAGGGAGUGGCUAGGGAAACCCAGCCAGAUGGGUGGGGUAUAAAUAAUAAAACUAUUAUUAUUAUUAUUAUUAUUAUUAUUAUUAUUAUAGCCGAGAUAAGUGUGCUAACUCUGGCCUCUGUUGCCAUCACCAUCACAUUUCAUGUGUCAUUCUCAUAAGGUUAUCUAAAAGGAAAGCGUUUGAAUAUUACUCUGUCAAGCUCCACUUAAGUCACAUUAUUAAAUAGUUUGGAAAUGGAUACCUGUUUAACCUAAUCACUAUCUGGUUAGCAUUGUUCCUGCAAUGAUUUGGCACUUAGGUGGUGCUGAACAAGAAAAGGUGAUUCAGGAAAUCUGAGACAUUCAAGUGAAUCACACCAUCUUAAUGUUUAAACUGCUUUUUUGUUUUUUAAAAAUAGGUUCCUUUGCUAAACGGAAAGGUUGCACAAAGGACAAUCCUACAACUUUUUGUAAAAAAUGCAUAGAUGGGGAAGAGUAUAUGGAUAACUAUAAUUAUCACCAUGAAUGUCUGCGAUGUGGUCACUGUGACACUCUCCAUGGUAUGUUCGCAAUCUAAAACUAUUGGUUGUUAUGCAUAUUGCAUUAGAGAGAAAUGUUUUAAGUGCAUGUCUUUGCAGAAAGCCUAGCAUGUGCAUGAUCCACCUACAACACAGAGAAAAGGCUUCUUGUCUCCCAACACAUGUUCCUCCGUAUAUGCAUCAGAUUGCAUGCUGGGUAAGGUGGUGGUGGCAGCCAUUGCACACACUGACCUCUAGGGGAUGGGAACCAAAUAACAGAAGAGGACUCUUAUUUAUUAAAACAGCUAAACAUUAUGUGUUGCUGUGGUGAAGACAUGUAGACACAUGGAACAAAACAGAACACAAUGGGUGCAAUAUAGAAGUUAAAACAUGCUUAUAUCCUGAUUUUCAUCAACUGAAGACUCUUAAAUAUAUGAUCAAGCCUUUGGCUUUUCAUUGAACUUCAAGAACAUUUAGAAUCACAGAGCUGAAGGGGCCUUGCCAAUCAUCUGUUUCCUUGCAGGGAAUACAAGGCUACAGCAGCCCCUAACAGAUGGCUGCCCAGCUUGAAGACCACCAGUACUUGGUUGCGUUGUUGACUUGCCCUUACCAUUAAGAAGUGUCUCCUAAUGUUCUCCAGAAAAUCAUUGGGCUGUAGGCCAGCAUGCAGUUAUUCCCUGCUAUUUCCAUGGAGGAACAGAAGCACACAUACACAUGACAGAUGGGAGGGUAGCAGCAAGUCUGAUAAAGUCCACUGGUGUGAAAGAAAUUUAGCACACCUUGGUGGCAUAACACAAUAGGUAAUGCAGUGUAAACAGAACAUUAGAAACUGGGGAAGAAGUACUAGCAUUAUAACCAGGAAACCUAACACAACAAUCCCAAUGGACCUCUUUUUUGUGACAGUCCUUCAGGAAUCAGCUUUGUUUCUCUUCAGAUUCAGUCCAAUUCAUCUGAGUCUUCAAAACCUGCCCACUAUAAAAAGAACCAGUUCAUUCAUAUAUAUAUAUAUAUAUGUGUGUGUGUGUGUGUGUGUAUAAUUUAAUAAAAUGUUUCUAUUUAUUUUAGGUUUUGAAGUUGAAAAGAAUUGUACCAUCCACCAGAACAUAAAAUGUAGAUGUAGGUCUGGCUACUUCUGCAAUUCUUCUGAACCAUGCCGCCACUGCGAUCCAUGCGAUGAGUAAGUCUCCUGCACAGUUACUGACUAAAGGGCAAUUUGAAUGAAAAACAGGGACCGGAGACAGGAUCUAAAGCAUUUUUGAAUUGUAGAUCUUGCAUUUGAACCUCUGAACCUGCUCCCAAUAUCUGUGGUCUCGGAAAUAUACAGUAUCCACCCCAUAGCUCUAAACAUCUAUUGCUUUGAUGAGAUAGGGUUGACUAGGGAUGCACGAAUCCUUUAAAUUGAACACAGUUUUGUAUGUGAUAUUCCCUGCAGUGCACAUUUUGUACAGUUUACAACACUCUGCUUCUUAAAUAUGCAUUUUUGUAUGAUUUUCUAGGCACUGCUCUUGAAACACACCUUUUGCACAUCAUAUUUCCCCCUGCAAAAUAGUUGUUUUUAUGUAUUUCCCCCAUAAAAUCUGCAUUUUUUGUAUGCACUUUCCCAUAAAAGAUACAGAUCCCCGAAUUUGAGCAAUGCAAACCAUCAACCUCUAGGGAGCCACAGAUUUUGCACCCCUGCUCUGUAUUCAUAGGAAUGCAACCCUCGAUGGUCUGAUUUGAAACUUUGUCCAAAUCACAGGCUACUCAUUAUGGACUACCAUAAAAUAAGUAAAUCCAGAAGGAAGAGAAUGCACAAUAAUUUCCAAACACUAGGUGGCAUCUUUGCUCUUCUUCCAUGUGUUUCCAACCAUUCUCUGGGUGUGUUUUGGAGUGGAGCAUAAUCUGAAGCUUGGCCAAUGGUGAGGGACGAUGUACAACCAUAACCACACUUUCCAGCUUCUCCGUAAUGGACUCUAAGUUUCACCUAAACAGGGACCUGAACCUAGCCUAGAAAGCUACUGAGGAGUGCACAUGCUUAUGCUUCAAAGUCAUUUUCUGGAGCAGAAUGUAAUAAGGGUGUGCAUCAUUAGCAAUAAGUAUUGGAUACUCCAGGCAUGGUAUAUAAAUACCAAGAGCCCACUCUUUUGCUUUUGCAUAGUUCAAGGAUGUGAAAUCAGUGGCUUUCCAGAUGUUGGACUUCAACUCCCAUCGUUCCUGGCUAUUCUCUAUGCUGGCAGGGGCUGAUGGCAGUUGGAGUCCCGACAGCAGCUGGAGAGCUACUGAUUCCAUAUCCUUGGCCUAGCCUGUGGAACAGUGCCUUCUACCGGUAUUUGUUUCACAUAAAGUUCUAGCUUCCAGCUCUGGCCAUUGAUAUCAGAGACUCUGAGCUGGAAAGUCAAAAGAUCUGGACUGCAGCUUCUGGGAGGUCCAGCUUGACAAUGUCAUUGGAGGAUACAUUCCUCCAAAAGGAACUUCAAAAUUCCUAUAUCAUAAUAAGAAACUCAAAAAGCAAUAACUUGAGGAAAUUGACUAUUUUGCUCUGUUCCCUUGACAGAUGACCUAAUCUUUCCAUUGUUUUCAAAUAAUUUAUUCACAGGUGUAAAGGUGGUAAAAUUCUAGAAAAUUGCACCCAAACCAAUAACACCAGAUGUGACAGAACAGGUAACUGUUGGGAUCUUUGACUUAGCUCUGAAAUAUACCUUAAACAAGGGAAUUAUUACAAAAGAAGAGUUGGCUUUCGGUCUGCUGUUUCAGAUGCAUGACAACUUCAGUUUUCAGUCAGCCAAACUUUGGCCAUCCUAUCACUGGUCACUGGUUGGAGUGGGGUUGAGACCUCUCCUACAUACAGCGCUCACCACUCUGCCUUGGGGUGGGUGGGAAGUGAAAGUCGGCAUCGAUUGCUCAAAAACUCAACAGCCACAGAGUGAAACAAACAGUUGUGUGAAUGGGCUGUCAGUUGUUUUCAACCUGACUAUAUUUAAGGGGAUGUUUGCAUUUUGUACUGAGUGUGGUGGGGCUGGAUUUCAUUUGUUCAUUAUACCCAUAAAAUGUCUUUGUGUCAAAGCUGAGCCUCAUGAAGCAGAGACCUGCCAUGUGAGCCAUAUAAGUCUAAAAUGCUUAUUGGUGAAAAGUAUCUGCAUAUUCUGUAUGAAACUUUGCAAUGUUCUACUUAACAGAGAUUGCACAAGAUAAAACAGCUUCAAUUGUUGCACCCGUUGUAGUCAUCAUAGUCAUUGUGGCGGUGAUUGUCAUUGGGGUAAUGUGGUGUGGUAAGUUGAUGCACCUUUAAACUACCUUAUUUAUGUUCUAAAAUAUUCCACAACCUGCAAUGCAUGCUUGAGGGUUGUACUUAAGGCUUACGUAGCAUAGACAUGGGUCUUUUCAUGCCCAGCCACAUUUAAGAAAAGUUUGAGAGAUUGUCUCAAGGUUCAUGUGAACGUACUUCUAGAGAACUAAGGUAGCAAGCCUAAACCCUCUUACCUGGGAGUAAGCACCACUAAAUUCUACAUGAUGUAGUUCUGAGCUGGUAUUCCAUCAAUCUGUUUUUAUGUCCCCAGCUUGAAUCCAAGGGUGGAUGGGGCUAGCAGGAAGUGUAGUCUUUGUACUUCAGGAAAUGGGCUUCUAAACUCCACCCAACAACUUGUUUAAUCAAGGUUUUAAAACCCUGAUUAAGCAUAUAGUCAGGAGGGGGUGCGAGAAGGAGGUGCUGUGUCGCCUCACCUCCCACCCUGUCCCCACAUGACUACAGAUCUCUGCAGCAAUCAGGAUCCAACCACCCACUCAUCUGGUGAGCAGAGGGUUCAGUACUGCUCAAUUUGGCUGCACGGACCUGUUCACCUGAUGGAAGCAGGUUACUGGGAACAGCGCAGUGCAGGGCUGUUUGAAAGCCCUUUUGCAGACAGCCUCAUGCUAUUGUUUUCAGGGGUUGCCUAUCUCACCUUCUUUCCCCCUGUAAUCCAUCACUCCCCCUACCUUUUGACCAUCUCAGAUCACUGCAGGUGGGCCAACCCAACUCGAGACAAUCUGGCACUGUCUCAUCGCAAUCCAGCCCAAACCUUGAUCCACCCAAAUAAGCCUGAUACAAUUUGGGAUAUGGACUUUGGUCAAAUCUGGUUCACAGCCCUAAUGGGUGCUUCUAGCCAGUGAUGUAGAAUUGUAUGUCCCUUCCUAUUGCUACUCCUGUUGUUUUAUGAAUGUAGUAAAACAAACAAACCAUAGUUCUUUUCUGUGUGGCUGCAGUGCGUAAAAAGAAGAAAACCGCAGAGUACAAUGUCAAACAGGAGCCAAACGGAAUGGUGAGUAUCCUUUCUUACUUUGAAUACAGUGCAUGGCAUUUACAAUAAAAUGGUAUAUAAAUUUUAUGAAAUAAAUAUAUAAACAUAACCCAAGGAAUAUUGUAAGAAAGAAAACAGGGGACAAUGUUUUUCCUUAGAUGAAAAAUAGUUUUGCUUAUCUUUGGGACACCUAUUAUGUGCAGGCAAUGAUGAAAUAGCCAAACUGGCCUAGACCAAAAUCUACAGUAAAUUCAAAGCAUAUUACAGCUGGCCACAUAACAAAGUCCUUUGAUCUAGAUAUGUGUAUGUCUUUUUCACAUUCUUAUUUUAAUUGAGUUUUAUAGUUAGUUGCAAAAAAUAAAAUAAAAUGUACAUUGAGUUGCGUAUUGAAAACAAAAAAAUAACGAACUGAACUGUGUCUUACUAUGUUUUAAUUUAUUGGAAGCCACACAGAGUGGGUGGGGUAACCCAGUCAGAUGGGUGACAUUUAAAUAAAUUAUUAUUAUUAUUAUUAUUAUUAUUAUUAUUAUCCCUCCCCCCCCCACUUUUACCCAACCUGAAGGCCUAUUUCAGAUCUAAAUAAUGAUAGUAAAGUUCAUACAAGCACUGAAAUGAAGAGAGUCUGACAUCAGUAUAAAGGAAGAUAUUAACAUAACCAUAUAUUACAUAAUGCGGCAGGUACAGUUUGUCCUGUAAUAAUCCUUGUUCUUGGGCUCGAUAAGCAUGCAUGCCUUUUUGCAAACCUCAUCACAAACUGACUAUUAAUCUAAUUAGAAGAUGGAACAAUCAGAUGGACCUCUGUGCAUCAUUUGGCCAUAGAUGUAUUUAAUUGCUUCUUUAGAUCACAUUGAAGUCAAUGGUAUUUAAAUGCCAUGAGUAACCUUGUGUUAGUUAGAUGAGGGCUUGCCAAUGUGGUGUUCUCCAGGUGUUCCUGGACUACAAUUCCCAUCAUCCCUGACCAUUUUGUCGUGUUUGUUGGGGCUGAAAGGAGGGUACUACAUUGGCUAUUCCUGUGUUAGAUGAUGUAUCAGUAAGACACAAGGUGCCUGGUCUUGUGUCCCUGCUACAAGGGGCCUUGCACCUGGCCUAGGUGGUGGGGCCCAGUCUCAUCCUGAACCGCUAAAAGAGGCUCCUGGGAGGCCACUGGGACAUUGCUGGAACAAUUAUUGGGUUGGGACAAAUGGCUAAAAUGUUCUAAAAUGUUUUAAACAGUUGUAAUUUUGGUUCCUCUGUUUCGUUUUUGUCAGGUUGGUGUUGGUUAAAUGUUUAGUUCCCCCCCGACCCAAAUUAAUUACAUUAAUUUGGGUCGGGGGGGAAUUCUUUCCAGUAGCACUGUUUAUUGUUGUUGUAGUUAGUGGUUUCUAUUGAUUUAUUGGUUUGUUGCUUGUAUAGGAUAUUUUGUUUUUGACAGUGUUUGAAAAAAGAAAAAAUUCUGACCUCCUUUUUACUCUUUUGCCUAGUGUUCAGACCUUAGUUGGCACAAAGAGUCCUUAAGAAAGAGUACUUUGCAGAAUGCUGUUUUUAUUCUUAAAAAGUCUCCUCCAACCACGAUCGACAGCUUUACACACAUCAAACACAACCAGCUUUCUACCAUCCAACCAACCCAACACCACACUAACAUUGGCCACUCUAUAUAUACAAGUACAAUUUGGUGAAAGGUUGCAUGAGUCACUGUAGGCCGCUGACACAUGCUGACUUAGUUCUUUUAGCAUUAAAGAAACAGCGGCCAAUUUUUAGCCGUAACAGUUUUUAAUGUUCGAUGUUUUGUUUUUUUAUAUAUGUUGUAAGCUGCCCUUAGAGGAAAUGGAGCCUCUCCGUUAUCCAGGUAUGGAAAUAUAUAUAUGAUGAUUUCAUUAUUAUUUAUUUAUUAUUAUUAUUAUUAUUUAUUGAAUUUAUAUACUGCCCUAUACCCGGAGGUCUCAGAGUGGUUCACAGAAUAAAAUCAAAAUAUAAAAGCACAAAAUACAUAAUCAAAAUAAAAACAACCCAAUAACCCCCCCCAAAAAAACCACCACAUUUUAAAAGGGCAUAGGCAUGUUGGCCUGUAUACAGGGGUGGAGGAAGGGGGUGCUGUGGGGGCAGGAUGCCCCGGGUGUCACCACUGAGGGGGGUGACAAAACACCGGGUGGCACUCACCGCGGGGCCUGCAGCAUGCCCGAGCCAAGCGUCUCUCCAGGGGGUGACACAGCAGCUUGGGCACCCGCUGGCUCCGUCUGCCCCAAACGGUCCGCCCGCUGCCUUCCUCCCAGCUGUAGGGCGACUAUGUGGGAGGAGGCAGGCAGAUUCCGGAGGCCUCACGGAGUGUUCUGGCCUGGCUCGUCCUGUCUUGUGGGUGGCUGGCCCCGCCCCUGGGUGCAGGGCACACGCAGCCCCAGGCGCCCGAUCGGCUUGCUCCGCCACUGCCUGUAUAGCACAGAUUUGGCCAUGGUAUCAUCUUAGUUACAGCACAGACUUUUGCAGUAUGCUCUACUUUUAGCAGAGUCUGGAAACUUCAGCUGGUUCCUAAUGUGGCAGCUAAAUUAUAAACUGGAGCUGCCUUCUUAGGAGCAUGUUAGGAACUGCACUGGUUUCCAAUUGUUUCUGGACCUAAUUCAAAGUGCUGUGGCGAUCUUUAAAGCUCUUUAUCAUUUGGGGCAAGUUUAUCUGAAGGACCCCUUACAGGCAAACCUGCAAUAAGGCCUCCUAUGUGUUUCCUCUACAUUGUCAGGAAUAGGUAGAGGACCUUAUUGGUAGUCAUCAUUUAUGAAACUCCAGAGAGAAGAGGAAAGCAGGGGCUCUCUAAUGGUCUUCCACUAUAUGGAUAAGACCAUUCUUUUUAGAAUUGGACAGUUCAGUGGUUGUCAGGGACUGGACUGAGGAGGAAUGCUGGAGACCGCCUCCCCCUCCUUCUGAACCUUCCAGAGAAGAGGAAGAUAGUAUUGAUUUACAACAGUGGUUUGCAGAAGGUCAUGGCUCAGAGAUAGAAGAGGGACAAAGAUGAGAAAUAAUGAGGGGGGGGGGGAGGAGCAGAGCCAGAGCAGCUGGCUGACACGUUAUCAUUAGAAAGCAUUCCAGACCCACCUUCUCCCAGAACCCAGCGAGCAGUGAAAGUGGGAGAGCAGAAAGCUAAGAGGCAAAUGGCCUUAAGCAGCCACCAUAAAGGGGGUGGUGCUGUUGACGAUUAAGAAGGGAAGGGGGAGGAGAUUAUUUGGAGCAAUGCCAUUACCCCAAGAGGCAACAUUUCUAAGCUUCUCUCUGUGAACAAUGAUUAAAAGACAUUGGUAAGAACUUAUUAUCUAUCUAUUACUGGCAGUCUGGUGUGAGGGGGAGAGAUCGGAUUCGCUGAAGCCUGAUGGGUGGAGUGCAAUAGGGCCAGCAAUGGACCCUCUCUGGACUCUGUUGCCAUCACAUGAUAGGAAGUGGCCCAAUCUGGGAACUGGGGUAGCCAACGACAUUUUUCCAACCGAUCAGCACAAGUGCCAGGGCUGUUGAUGCGGCACUGGCUUCCCUUCUCUAUGAAGCCCACUCACUGUCGGCCAGGAUUUAGUAUUACAUAUUUAGAUAUGGAUUCUAGUGAGACAGGUCUACAUGUCUUGCUAUAUUUUGGUCACUUGAUUGCUUUCUUUUUCAUUUGUAAAGCUGUCUAGGGAGCUUCUAUGAAAUUUUCUAUAGCACCCUUGUCAGCUUUUCUCUCAUCUCACUUUGAUUAAAUUAAUAAUAAAACUCAUGUAAAAUUUUAAUAAGUGAGCUAGAUGUCGCAUGGUAGACAUAUGUAACCAUCUCCCCCCCCCUUCUUUCUUUCUUUCUUUGGGGGGGGGAUGAACAGCAUUGCUGAAUCAACCCAGGUUUUACAAAGGUAGUUGUUUGCUUUGAAAGAACACACUUCCGCAAGAGGAAAAAAAUGUAUCGCCUUGGAGAAAGCAUUCUUGUUAUAGGGACACUUUUAAGCAAGUGUAACUCACUAUACGACAUGGGUGGCACUGUGGUCUUAACCACAGAGCCUAGGGCUUGCCGCUGAGAAGGUUCGAAUCCCCGCGAUGGGAUGAGCUCCCGUUGCUUGGUCCCUGCUCCUGCUAACCUAGCAGUUCGAAAGUGCAAGUAGAUAAAUAGGUACCGCUCUGGCAGGAAGGUAAACAGCAUUUCCGUGUGCUGCUCUGGUUCGCCAGAAGUGGCUUAGUCAUGCUGGCCACAUGACCCGGAAGCUGUACGCCGGCUCCCUCGGCCAGUAAAGCGAGAUGAGCGCCGCAACUCCAGAGUCGUCCAUGACUGGACCUAACAGUCAGGGGUCCCUUUACCUUUAACUCACUACCAAGCUGUGUAAAAAUGGAGGUGGAGCAGUCACAUGAGAAGACAGUACCUCCUUGGAAUGACAUAUUUAUGGCUUUACAUAGGCGUCAUAUAUGUAAAUGACAGUAAAAUUGAGGAAAAUAUUAAACAGGCAACUCUCAAUUUAUGUGGGGGUUACAUUCUGGGGAUAGCAUGUAAAGCCAAAAUCAAGUAUAGUCAAAACACAUUAGGUUCAAUGGCAGGUGGGAUUGACAAAGUCUUUUCCCCCAGAACCUGCCCCCUUUCUCCCUACUUUUUUUUUUUUUAAAAAGCAAACAAACAAACACAAUUUUUUGGGUAAACACUUAAAGAUGAAUAAGUGCAAGUUAAAUGUGCAUAAGCUGCGAGUUACCUGUUUAUGCAGAUAAUAUGUUGUUGUGGGUUUAGGGGGUCAGUCUGGGUGUUACCCAAGUACCUUCUAAUUCUUGGGUCCCCACACACAGUGAAGGCCAAAAUCUGUUGCUGAACUCAUUGGACAAGGUUCUUUGCAAGACAAUGAGCUUCUCUGGCCAAUUAAAUGUCCUCAACAGCAACCCAAAAGAAUGAGCUAGGUUGCAAGAACAAAAAAUGUUGUGGUGCCCUCCUGACUAAUGCACGAGCCUUUUUUCCACCCCCCUCACCUAGCUGCUAUGUAGGAGAGAGAUAGGGGGACAGUUGGGUGUGAGCUAAGCUAGAAGCAGGCUGGGAGCUGGAACAUGCUUGCUCUGUGCUGGAUCCAAAUCUGUGAUGAAUGAAGAAGGAAGACCUUUGGGGUCAAUAAUGCUCUGAGCCCCUCCAUAUUAUGACGAGGUUGUAUAUAUGCAUAAAUAAAACCAUAUAUCCUAAAGACACCUGACCUUCAUUCCAAGGAAGCCAACCCUGGGAAGCACCUGGAACCCCUCAAUUCUCUCUCUGCUUGGAGAUUUGGAUGGUGUGUAACAUUUCCCCCAUUUUUCCUUUCUAGAUAUUGAUCUGCUCCCUCACAUUCCUGUUAUUGCAGAGGAGAUGCGGCACGCAGAAGUCAUGGCUUUUGUUCGGAGACUGAAUGUGACGUCCAAUCGCAUAGAUGUGAUCAUGAAGGAUAAUCCAAAUGAUGGUGCUGAGCAGAAAAUAAAGCUGUUGGAAUGUUGGUACCAAGAACAUGGGAUGAAAGAUGCUUAUAAGACUUUGAUCACCACACUGAGAGACCUUCGCUUUCGUGCCGCUGCUGAUAAGAUUGAACAAAAAAUAAAUGGUGUAAGAAAAUAGCAAUCAGGCUCCUUCCUGAUCACUGGUUUAUAUACAUUCAGUUGAUCUUCUGCUCACCUCAUGCUUUCGUUGGUGUCAUCAAAUAGUGGAUUGGCUACAAAGUGUAUGACUUCUGUUCUCAUAAUCCAGUGUCUCUCAAUGAGGGGUGUAUGAGGAUCUAAAGGGAAGGAGGAUAUGAGUGCUUCCAUGAUAUUUAAAUUCUUUAGAAGUUCAAAUGAAAUAAAGGAGCCUCGUUUGAAGAGGAGCAUGAGAUUUGUAUAGCAAAGAAAAGGAGGCAUGGAUUAAAAAAAGAUUGAGUUAAUUCUUCAUUGAAUGGGAUCACACUAAUUCAGGAAAACAAAACAAAUAAUCAUGAAAUCUUUCUUCUUUCGCUGGCGGAAAAAGAAAAUCGAUUUGUCAAUCCAAAAUUCAAAAUUCGGGAAUAUUCAGCACAGCUCUCUUUCUAAAGUGCUGAAACGAUACUGCUUGCAGACCAGCACUGUUUAUGUGUUUGUUUAUCACUGCAAGAGAGUGGGUUUUUUCAGUGGUGGCACCCUGGCUGCGUAAUGCCCUGCCCAGAGUGGCUUGGCUGGUUGGUGCCUGCCUUGGAGUGAAUUUAGUGCUAGUCAAAAACCUUAAUAUUAUUUUCUAGGCCUUUUAAUCUGUUUUAACUUUAAGCUACUUUUGCUUUCUGUUACUUCUUUGUUUUUAUUGUUAUUGAAUUUCACAUGGUUUUAUUUCUCCUUGUAGGUCACUUGAGAAUGCUGUUGCAGCCUAUAAAAUCGGUUCAGCCUGUAAAUAUGUAAAUAAAGAGUUUAUUUAAAAAGGUA